UUUUAUAAAACAUAAAAAAUAUAUAAUUUUAUAAUACACAUAUAAAAAAUUUAAAAAUCAUCAAGAGUUAUAGAAAUCAUAAAAAUGAAGUGUUAAAUAAGUCAUACGUGGGGUAACAAAAAAUAUAGCCAAGUGUUAUGCAUCAUAAGAGUAUAGCUCCACGUUACCCUAUCAUGCACAACUCUACAAAAAAUUCAAAACCUUGAGUAGCAUUUUUUUUGUCUUUUUCAUUUAGCAUUAUUUAUUGUAUUGAUUCAACAUAUUUCUUUGUAGCAUUUUUGUUUUUAACAAUAAACCCCACGACACUAUUUUCACUAAAUAUCAUUCAUAUAUUUUAAUUUUUUAAAUGUCAUUCAUAUUAUUUAUUUCUUCUUUAUUUAUAAUAGAUAUUCACUUUUUUCUUUAAAAAACACACAAUUUUUCUAUAAUACUAAUUCAAAUUGACAAAAAAAGUAUUAUAAAUAGAGACACUUUCUAGCUAAUGUAUGUUGUCACAAAAAUUACACACAUAAAUGGCGAAGAACAAGGAUGACAUAAAAUAUGCAACCGCGCAAGCUAGGCUCACUGAAGACGACGCCACAAGGGUGGCGUACAAGGGCGGCACUCCCUUGGAGGGCGGAAAAAUCGCCGAGUCGGAAACCGUAGACCUCUUCUCUGCUGCCCAUAACGUCGAAAAUGCUCAAUCGCAAGGUGCGGGCGGACCCAAUUCAGCUCAACCUCAGUUAAAUCGCGACGAAAACGAAGCUGAUCAAGGUGGUGCUGGAACUCAUCCUAAUUUUUCUUCUAGGCGUUUGCCCAAGAAACAAUAGUUUUAUGUUAGAAUUUGGGUCGGCUUGUUUUCGAUCGGGUUUUCGAUCGGGUCAUCUUCAGUUUAAAGCUAAUACGUAACAUGUAUGUUACGAUUUUGUUUUAAGGUUUAUUUUAUUUAUUUUGUUUUAAGGUUUAUUUUAUUUUUAAGUCAGGUUAAAUUUUGAUUUUGUUAUAUUUAUUGCGAAUGUUUAUUUUAGUUUCGUUUAAAAUUAAAUCGCAUGUUGGAUACUUGAUCCGGUAAGGUUGAGAGCCCUCUAUAGGUAAGGGAGUUAAGGGGUUGUAGAGUGAAUUAGUCGGUUCUGUGAGGAAAAUUAUUAGAAAAGUACCUAGAAAAACAUUACUUUUAUGAAAAAAAAAUAUCUAGAAUAAAUUUUUUUAUCAAAAAGUACCUAAAAAUUUUAUUUUCUUUGUUAAAAGAUAACUACUGACAGAACAGUUAGAAUUUCCGUUAUUUUUUCAUAUGCAGGUCAUGUGGCCAUUAAAAAGCUCCAUUAAAGCAGCUCUCUCAUCCUCUUUCUCAUUCAACCAAUAAAAAUUCUAGAUUCUUCGCUAUUAAAGGACGCCAUUAAAAUCAAGCCUUAAAAUCCAGCUUCAACACAAACAGUAGGUUUUGAAACAAACAGUAGGUUUUGAAAUUACUUCUACUUUUUCAAUUGCUGUUCGAAAAUUCCAUAGCAGUUCAAAGAGGAUAUUUGAAACAAAUGAAAAUGAAAACUAACCUGAGGAAAGAAGA